UGAACCGGCCAACUUCUCCAGCGGUCGGGGGCGAGAGCCUGGGCGGCGGCGAGGGCGAGUGAUGCGCAGAGCUGAAACCAUGGUUCAUCAGGUGCUGUACCGGGCGCUGGUCUCCACUAAGUGGCUGGCGGAGUCGGUUCGGGCUGGCAAGCUGGGACCUGGGCUGCGGGUGCUGGACGCGUCCUGGUACUCGCCGGGCACCCGCGAGGCCCGCAAGGAGUACCUAGAACGUCAUGUGCCCGGCGCCUCCUUCUUUGAUAUAGAGGAGUGUCGGAACGCAGCGUCGCCCUACGAGAUGAUGCUGCCCAGCGAGGCCCACUUCGCCGACUACGUGGGCCGCCUGGGCAUCAGCAACCAGACGCACGUGGUGGUGUAUGACGGUGACAACCUGGGCUGCUUCUAUGCGCCCCGGGUGUGGUGGAUGUUCCGCGUGUUUGGCCACCGCACCGUGUCAGUGCUCAAUGGCGGCUUCCGGAACUGGCUGAAGGAGGGCCACCCGGUGACAUCGGAGCCCUCACGCCCAGAGCCGGCUGUCUUCAAAGCCACCCUGGACCGCUCCCUGCUCAAGACCUACGAGCAGGUGCUGGAGAACCUGGAGUCUAAGAGGUUCCAGCUGGUGGAUUCACGGUCCCAAGGACGGUACCUGGGCACUGAGCCAGAGCCAGAUGCAGUAGGACUGGACCCGGGCCACAUCCGGGGCUCAGUCAACAUGCCGUUCAUGGACUUCUUGACCGAGGACGGCUUCGAGAAGAGCCCAGAGGAACUGCGUGCUAUGUUCGAGGCCAAGAAGGUGAACCUAACCCAGCCCCUCAUUGCCACGUGCCGGAAGGGAGUCACCGCCUGCCACAUCGCCCUGGCCGCCUACCUCUGCGGCAAGCCGGAUGUGGCCGUGUACGAUGGCUCCUGGUCCGAGUGGUUCCGCCGGGCACCCCCGGAGACCCGUGUGUCCCAGUGGAAGCGUGAGAAGGCGUGAGUGGCGGGCCUCCUGGCUGGCUGGCAGCUCCCAUCUGUUUAGUGACCGCAGCCCGGCAAACAGUGCAUACAUCUUCAGCAAAGGAGACUGACCAGGUGUUAGAAUUGCUUUCCCCCCAAACACUGUAAUAAAUUGCCUUUUCUGAGUA